AGUUAAGAACCAAAAUUCCCUUUUCCUUUUCCUUUUCCUUUUCCAACAACAGCUCCAAAAUCAGCAUAAAUUCUAGAAUUCAGAUGCUCAUUCACAUUCAAACGCCGGUAAUCACUCGUGUUCGUAUUGCCAACUCUUCUCAACCCUCGAUUUCCACGCCGCAUCUGUUGUUGCUUACCGAAUUCUAUUCUGUUCCUUCUUUCCCAGUACUUCAAAUUGUUAGAUUCCGAAUGAAAACUGCAUCGAUUGUUCUUCAGUUGGGUCUGUAACCGGUCCUUCAAUUUGGAUUCCUGUUCUCUGGGUUGUGCGAUUUAUCUGUUCUAAUCUUGUUUGAGCGUCGAAACGACGAUAAUGAGGAGUUUCAAGGAUUUUUGCACGAAGAAGACUCUAAUCGGUCUUGGGUUGGGACAAUUUUUGUCUCUUCUUAUCACUUCCACUGGAUUUGCAUCCUCUGAACUCGCUAAAAGAGGAAUUAAUGCACCAACAUCACAGUCCUUUAUAAACUACGUCCUUUUGGCUAUUGUCUAUGGAAGUAUAGUGCUCUAUCGUAGAAAGGCACUCAAGGCAAAAUGGUACUUCUACAUACCUUUAGGAUUGGUAGAUGUAGAAGCCAACUACCUUGUUGUGAAGGCAUAUCAAUACACAUCUUUAACAAGCGUGAUGCUGCUGGAUUGUUGGACAAUCCCUUGUGUGAUGCUGCUCACCUGGAUUUUCCUAAAAACAAAAUACAGAUUCAGGAAGAUAGGCGGUGUUGUCGUGUGUGUUGCUGGCCUCGUCAUGGUUAUCUUUUCUGAUGUUCAUGCUGGCGACCGAGCUGGAGGAAGCAGCCCACUUAAAGGGGAUGCUCUUGUUAUAGCUGGUGCUACCCUUUAUGCUGUUACCAAUGUCAGCGAGGAAUUUCUGGUGAAGAAUGCUGACAGAGUUGAGCUAAUGGCUAUGUUAGGUAGCUUCGGUGCCAUCAUCAGUGCUAUCCAAAUAAGCAUAAUCGAGCGCAAGGAGUUACGAUCCAUUCGAUGGACUGCAGAAGCAGCCAUUCCUUUUGCUGGAUUCUCUGCGGCUAUGUUUUUUUUCUACUCGCUCGUCCCUGUAUUACUUCAGAUCAGUGGAUCCACAAUGUUGAACCUGUCCUUGCUCACCUCGGACAUGUGGUCCGUUGUGAUUCGUGUCGUCGCGUAUCAUGAGAAGGUUGAUUGGCUUUACUAUUUGGCCUUUGCUGCUGUUAUCAUUGGACUCAUUACUUAUUCAGUGGGUGAGAGAGAAGAAGGAGAAGAUCGACGUCGAACUAACAUUGAUGAAGAAGCCGAGCAUGAUAAACGUCCAUACAAGGAAUGUCCACCGGAAAAACGGGUACUAGGAAUAGCAGGCAGCAGUUAGAAGAUCUGAGAGGGUAGGAAAAAUGAAAAUCUUAGGAGAAAUAAGUAGUGUGGUUCCUAGGAUGGAUUAGAAAUAAGUAUUUAGAGUUUACUUAUUCUUUGUUGGCCUUUUGAUGGGCUCUCAUUCUUCAA